AUUUCUUCUCCUUACCAGAAUGAAGAGAAGAGGAACCUUUCCCUGGGAGGCCAUGUGGGCUUUGACAGUCUCCCCGAUCAGCUGGUCAGCAAGUCUGUCACACAAGGCUUCAGCUUCAACAUCCUCUGUGUGGGUGAGACUGGCAUUGGGAAAUCCACACUAAUGAACACCCUCUUCAACACCACGUUUGAGACAGAGGAAGCCAGUCACUAUGAGAGCGCAGUUCGCUUGCGGCCACGGACCUACGACCUGCAGGAGAGCAACGUCCACCUGAAGCUAACCAUCGUGGAUGCGGUUGGAUUUGGGGAUCAGAUUAAUAAAGAUGAAAGUUACAGGCCAAUCGUUGAGUACAUUGAUACGCAGUUUGAAAAUUAUUUGCAAGAAGAGCUGAAAAUCCGCCGGUCUCUCUUCAACUAUCACGACACGAGGAUCCACGUCUGCCUGUACUUCAUCACCCCCACUGGCCACUCCCUCAAAUCCUUGGACCUGGUGACUAUGAAGAAGUUGGAUAGCAAGGUGAACAUCAUCCCAAUUAUUGCCAAAGCAGACACCAUCUCCAAGAGCGAGUUGCACAAGUUCAAGAUAAAGAUCAUGAGCGAGUUGGUCAGCAAUGGUGUGCAGAUCUAUCAGUUCCCCACGGACGACGAAGCGGUCGCUGAGAUCAACUCUGUGAUGAACGCUCAUCUGCCCUUCGCUGUGGUUGGCAGCACGGAGGAGGUGAAAGUCGGGAACAAGCUGGUGAGAGCUCGGCAGUACCCGUGGGGAGUGGUGCAAGUUGAGAAUGAAAGUCACUGUGACUUUGUGAAACUGCGGGAAAUGCUGAUUCGAGUCAACAUGGAGGAUCUUCGGGAGCAGACUCACACCCGCCACUACGAGCUGUACAGGAGGUGCAAACUGGAAGAGAUGGGCUUCAAGGACACAGAUCCAGACAACCAGCCCUUCAGCCUUCAAGAAACAUACGAGACCAAAAGGAAAGAGUUCUUGGGUGAGCUCCAGAAGAAAGAGGAAGAAAUGAGACAAAUGUUUGUUAACAAAGUCAAGGAGACGGAGGCAGAGCUGAAGGAGAAGGAGAGAGAGCUGCAUGAGAAAUUUGAGCACUUAAAAAGGAUACACCAGGAAGAGAAAAGGAAGGUGGAGGAGAAGAGGAGGGAGCUGGAGGAAGAGAUGAACGCCUUCAACAGGCGGAAAGUAGCGGUGGAGACUUUGCAGUCCCAAUCCUUGCAGGCUACCUCACAGCAGCCACUGAAGAAGGACAAAGACAAGAAAAACAGAUCAGUAAUAACAGGAAACCAAUCAGGAGUCAGCCUCUCCAGCUCUAAGGUGAUGAUCACCAAAGCCAACGUGGAGCCCUUAAACUGCAAUAGUUGGUGGCACGCCAUACAGUGCUGUAGCUGUUUGGUCAAGAAUGCAACGUGGCGGGAAGGAUUCAUCUGAGGCAGCUCAUGUAGGAGAUGGGGCCAGUUGGACAUCACCAUGGCAUGGAACUGGAGAGAAGAUAAAGUGUAUAUAUAUACAUAUAUAUAUAUAUAUUUAAAGAAAAAAAGCAGAGAUCUCAGCUGGAGAGCGUUUACAACCACUCUGCACUGCAAGCAUCCUCACCGAUGGUAUUACCUGUAAAAAAAAAUAUAAAAAUUAAAAAAAAAAAUAAAGAAAGAAGACAAC